UUACGUCAGGUUACGUCGUGGGAGGACCGUGCGUGCGUGACACAUCAAAACUUGAUGGAAACAGACAGCUCAGUGGCUAACAGCGGUGCUCAGGGAUCGGGGCUUAAAGGUGCUGUGUAAAAAGGCACGAACACAUCUGAAUUAACCGGGAUACUUUAAGGUAACACUGUUGCCUUCUACGACCAAGACGACAACAACAGACCGUCAAGAAAACGGGAUUUGGCUGUUCAGAUUUCACCACUGUCAGCUGUAGAGGUCUUGCUGCGAUGGAGUUUCCAGAUUUGGGAGAUCACUGCUCUGAGAAGACCUGCAAACGUUUAGAUUUCCUUCCUAUGAGAUGUGAUGCCUGUCAAGAGAUUUUCUGCAAAGACCACAUAACCUAUGCAACUCACAAAUGCAUGUCAUCCUACAAAAAGGAUGUCCAGGUCCCAGUCUGUCCUCUGUGUAACAUCCCCAUUCCCAUCAAGAGAGGAGAGAUGCCCGACAUCAAAGUCGGUGAACACAUUGAUCGGGAUUGCAAAUCGGACCCUGCGCAGAGAAAGAGAAAGAUUUUCACAAAUAAAUGUUCUCAAGGAGGCUGUAAGCAGAAGGAAAUGAUGCGAGUGACCUGUGACCAGUGUCAUCUAAACUACUGUCUUAAACAUCGGCACCCAUUAGACCAUGAUUGUAAGACUGAUGGGAAACCUCUGUCCAAAGCAGGACAUGCUGCUUCUACGAGGGCCCAUGGUGCUUCCUCUGCCUCUUGUUCUAGUUCAUCUGCUUCAGGAAACCCUAGACCUGUUUAUAAUGGUGUGAGUGCAAAUAACAGAGUCUACAACAGUGGUCCCGCCCAGCGGAUCCCUACUUCUGUUUCAGCACAGAAUGUUAUACCACCAUCAGCAUCAUUUCAGGCCGGACUGACGGAGGAGCAGGCUUUACAAAGGGCUCUGGAGAUGUCUUUGGCGGAUUCGAGGCAGCCAGUUCAGCCGGCCCUUACCCCUCAGGAGCAGGAGGAUCUGGCUCUCGCUCAGGCUCUCGCUGCCAGUGAAGAAGAAUACAGACGCCAGCAGCAGAGACAACAGGUACCCGGAAAGCUUAGCCGUCAGUAGCAUGCUAACAGGAACACAUGGAGGGGAGGGAGUCCAAACAGUCCAACUGCAGCCUCUCUUAAUCUCCGACCACCAUUUAGACUUCAAGCUGUGCUAAUUACCUACUAGAAACUGCACAUCUGGAAUAUCGAUAUCCAGGAUCAAUGAUUGUUAAAUGAAGAAAAACUCUUGGAAGUUUGCUCAGAUAUUACCGCCUUCUACAAUAUAAGCACAUACUUUCCCAGCAGGAUCUGUCAUUUUUACUAAUGAUUUGCUCUGUGCAUAUUUUAUAUGCUGAUCAUGUUGAAACCAUUAUAUUACCACAUAUGAAUAUUGAAUAAAUUAUUUCAAAGAUG